CCUUGUCGUCAGGACGCACGACGCUGAAACACAGAUGACGCAAAUAGUGUGCGCCGAAGGAGUGUAGUGUUGACAAGUGUCUGUCGGUGCCAGUCACAGUGAUGUCAAUAUAACUUGCUCACCUUUAACAUACGCGAGGGACUAUAAAAACACAGAUGACUGUGCAGUGUCAUAUCAAAAUGAUCAAUGAUUCAUGACAAAAACCAGGUGGACGAGAGAUGUGGAUUGUUUACCCGUUCAGUCUGUCUUUGAAUACAAGGAUUUACGAUUAAAAUAAGUCGAUGUCGAGAACAAGCGUGUCCCAGGAGGACGAGGAGAAGCAGAGAUGCCCUGCUGGUGCCAGUCCACCCGACUUCAGCCCAGACACCCCACACUCCUUUCCAGAGAGACUGAAUUUGGAAGCGUCCGUCAGCGCUGUGGAGACAAGCCCCUCCCCUUCUAGCAAUGGAACACACCUGCUGUCGUUGCCGUGGGAGAUCGUUACCCAGAUAGCCUCACAUCUCCCAGCAAAGUGUGUCAUUAAUGUGUUGCCGCAGGUAUGUCAGACAUUGGGAAAGCUUGGCGAGGAUCGCUUGGCGUGGCAGCUUCGGGCUCAAAAACUCUCGGGUCCCGCAGCGUCUUUCCCAGUCGGGCCAAAGCAGGAUUUUGAUUGGUCCAAGGCAUGCUUGGAAAUGGAGCAGUUGAUUGGCUGCUGGACAGGGCUUGAGAAUCAAGCAGUGAGACAGGAAGAGGCAGCUGGUGGCGUGAACAGUGAGAACUUGGUAGAGAUGCAGCUGGAUGUCGAUUUAAACGGUGCAGCGGAAGCAGGAGAAGAGAACGUGCAAAUUCAAUCCCAGAAUGCCUCUGACAGUCCCCAUCUGACUGCAUCAUCCAGCACUUCUUCGCCCUUGGAACACAUCAUCCUUCCCUCUGGCCACAUUGCAGAUGUGAACUGUGUCCUCCUUCUGGGUGGAGAAGAGGCUCUGUGUGUCUCCGGCUCCAGGGACAGAAACGUGAACCUGUGGGACCUUCGAGAGGGUCCCAGAGGCAAGCUGAUGUACACUCUUGCAGGACGUGGGACCAUUAGUACCCACCGGGGCUGGGUGUGGUGCCUGGCCUCCAGCGGACCUCUGCUGGCAUCUGGCUCGUUCGACAGCACCAUCAGGCUCUGGGAUCUCGAAGCUGGAGGAGCAGAACGGGGACUCAUCCAGUGCAAAGCUGCUGUGUUAUGUCUGUCCUGCGAGAGGGACACAUUGCUGGCCGGGUCACAUGAUCAGAAAUUAAGCAUCUAUGACACCCGAGCUGCAGAUCCAUUGGUCAAGAGUCUUCAUCUUCACAGUGAUGCUGUGUUGUGCCUGGCGUCUGAUGACCAGUACAUCUUAUCAGGCAGUAAAGACCAAACCGUCGCUCUGUUCGACCGCAGGGCGGGAAAACUCCUGCAGAAAGUUCAGCUGAGGUCGUACCUGCUGUCUCUGUCCUACAGCGGUCGAGAGGUGUGGGCCGGGGAUAACCGUGGACUCGUGCACAGCUUCUCCAUGCACAACAGCUCCCUGACGCCUGUGUCCCAGUUUACCGUCCACAGGUCACUGGUCACCGGCGUUCACCACUCUCCUGGUGCUCUGUACACGUGCUCCUCUGACCGCACUAUCAAGGUCCACCUUCCAUGUGCUCCACUCAAGACACUGUGCACCCUUCACCAUCAGGCAGGAGUUAAUGGGUUAAGUGUUGAAGGAGGAACGCUGGCCAUUGCUUCUGGUGACAUGAAUGUGGAAGUCUGGAGGCACAGAGUCUAGAAGCAUCUGAUGGCAGGGGAACAACAAGAACCAAUCAACUCUUGUGUUUCCAGGGAUUUAUCAAUGCAUUAUGCUUUAUUUUGUUUAAUUUUAAUGGGAAAAAAGUGUCUGAUACAUGUCUCUAGUGAUUCUAGAAACACAAAUAUGACAUUCCUAGUUUUCUGUCAUUCUUCUUAAAGGGGUCGCACCACAAUUGCACAGUGAGAGUGCAAAACAAUUCAGUGCCUCGUAACACAGGAACACCUUUGUGAUUUGUGUGAUCAUCUCUUUAACACUUCUGCUAAUAAUAUACUUAGACUGAAAA